AUGGUGAACACAAGGAAGAGCUCACGGCCCGAGCCGAGCAGUCCCUUCAUCUCUUCCAGGACCAGGUCGUCGGCGAGAAAUGACCCAAACUCUGAGGAACAUAAGGACCCUGGCAGUGAUAUGAGCAGUUCCAGCAGCCCCCGAUUAUCUCCCCCUUCCAAGAGGUCCCGUAGACAGAUCAGCUCCAGUGAUACCUCCCCCUCCCCACAGGCCAAGGGUCAGAGGGUCAGCUGGGACAUUCCCACCUACCGCACCAGGUUAUCCUCUCGCACAAUGCAAAAUGGGCAUGCUCAUAUGAGUCACCGGGAGGAGGAGACUGGAGGGGGGGAUCACUCCCACAUGAAUGGCCAUGUAGAGCUGAAGAGGAGUUGCCGGGUAAAAAAGAGCCAAUUUGAACACCUCAACCAGAGCCUGCUGUUUGACCAGCUGGUCAACAGUACUGCAGAGGCGGUCUUACAGGAGAUGGACAACAUCAGCAGCAUCAGGCAGAACCGUGAGGUGGAGCGACUCCGUAUGUGGACGGGAGACACUGAGGAGGAAAACAUGGACAUGUAUUCCCGGGUGAAGCGCAGGAAGUCCUUAAGGAGGAACACUUUCAGCAUGCCUACACACCACAAAGUCAUGAGCAAAACGGAGCCAGAGGAGGGGACGGAAGAAUCUCACGGAGAAGAAGAAGAAGAAGAAGAUGCGGAGGAUGAUGAGGAAGACGAUGAAGGGGAUGAAGCGGAAGAGGCAGGGGAAGAAAAUGACAGACCAUACAAUCUAAGGCAGCGCAAGACUGUGCAGAGAUAUGAGGCGCCACCUAUUGAGCCUGUGAACAGAAAGCCAAGCAACCCAUCGCUCUUUGACACCCACAGGUCCCCAGCAAGAAGAAGCCAUAUUAGAGUGAAGAAACACGCCAUCCACAGCAGUGACACCACCUCAUCUUCUGAUGAGGAGCGGUUUGAACGGAGGAAAAGCAAGAGCAUGACCCGGGCCAGAAACAGAUGCUUGCCCAUAAACCUGUGCGCUGAGGACCUUGCCAGUGGUGUGCUACGUGAUCGGGUAAAAGUGGGCACCAGCCUGGCUGAUGUGGACCCCAUGAACCUUGAUAGCUCAGUGAGGUUUGACAGUGUUGGGGGCCUCGGUAAACACAUCCAGUCUCUAAAGGAAAUGGUGGUGUUUCCUCUGCUUUAUCCAGAAGUAUUUGAGAAGUUCAAGAUUCAGCCUCCAAGAGGGUGCUUAUUCUACGGCCCACCAGGAACAGGAAAGACCCUGGUAGCGCGAGCACUCGCCAAUGAGUGUAGCCAGGGAGACAAGAAGGUUUCCUUCUUCAUGAGGAAAGGAGCUGACUGCCUCAGCAAGUGGGUUGGGGAAUCAGAGCGCCAGUUACGCCUGCUCUUUGACCAGGCAUACCUGAUGAGGCCAUCCAUAAUCUUCUUUGAUGAGAUUGAUGGUCUGGCUCCAGUUCGUUCCAGCAGGCAGGACCAGAUACACAGUUCUAUUGUAUCCACGCUGCUGGCCUUGAUUGAUGGCUUGGACAGCCGCGGGGAGAUAGUAGUCAUCGGUGCUACAAACAGACUUGACUCUAUUGACCCAGCACUCAGGAGGCCUGGACGCUUUGACCGGGAGUUUCUGUUCAGCUUGCCUGACAAGAAGGCCAGAAAGCACAUCCUAGAGAUCCACACACGGGACUGGAACCCAAAACUCGCUGAGCAGUUUGUGGAUGAACUAUCAGAAAAAUGUGUUGGCUACUGCGGUGCCGACAUCAAAGCACUUUGCACAGAGACAGCCUUGGUGGCACUGCGCCGCCGCUACCCCCAAAUCUACGGCAGCAGUGUCAAAUUGAAGCUGGAUGUCUCUUCCAUUGUUCUGGGACCUGGCGACUUCAGCCGGGCCCUUAAAUCCAUCGUCCCAGCCUCCCAGAGGGCCCUGGCCCCUCCAGGUCGAGCACUGGCCCCAGCUCUCAGGCCCCUGCUGGCAAGCUCCCUCUCCCUGGUGCUGAGAUCCUUACUCCGAGUCUUCCCUCAUGCUCAGCACACAGACCACAAUAACACUCAUGGCGGUGACAAUCAGCUGCUAGAAGAGGAUUUGUAUAGCGACGAAGACAAUGAGGAAGGCCUUGCCUCCAUCUAUGACGUCCAGCCUGCAUCUCCAAAGAGUCAGCUGUCUUGUCCAUCAACACACAGACCCCUCCUCCACUUCUCGAUCUCAGCCCUCCAGCAGCCCACAGCAUACCGGCCCCGUCUGCUGCUGGCUGGCCCCCCAGGCUCCGGACAGAGCUCCCAUCUGGCCCCCGCCUUGCUGCACCACCUGGACAAGCUGCCAGUGCAUCGCCUGGACUUGCCCACCCUCUACUCUGUCAGCGCGAAGACACCAGAGGAGUCCUGUGCUCAGGUGUUCCGUGAGGCCCGUCGGAGCAUGCCCAGUGUGGUGUUCGUGCCUCACAUCUCUGAGUGGUGGGAGGCAGUGAGCGAGACUGUGAAGAGCACCUUCCUCACCCUGCUACAGGAUGUACCCUCCUUCAGCCCUGUCCUCAUCCUUGCCACUGCUGAGACUCACUACACACGGCUCUCAGAUGAGGUGAGAAAUAUGUUCCAGAAGACCUACGGGGAGGUAGUGACACUCUCUCCUCCAGUAGAGGAAGACAGGAGGAACUUUUUCUCUGACCUGCUGCUGGUGCAGGCUGCCCGAGCUCCGCCGCGCACCAGGAGUACUGAGAAGUGUGAGGAGGUACUGGAAGUAGCAGAGGCUCCGGGUCCCAGGGUACUGUCGACAGAAGAGCAGCGCCGCCUGGCUGAGCAGGAAGAGAAUACGCUGCGGGAGCUGAGGCUCUUUCUCAGGGAUGUGACCAAGCGCCUGGCCACCGACAAGCGUUUCAGCAUCUUUAGCAAGCCAGUUGACAUUGAGGAGGUGUCGGAUUACCUUGAGGUGAUACAACAGCCCAUGGACCUUUCCACGAUCAUGACCAAGAUCGACACCCACCAGUAUCUGACAGCCAAGGAUUUCCUGGUGGACAUAGACCUCAUCUGCAGCAAUGCGCUAGAGUACAAUCCUGACAAGGACCCUGGUGACAAGGUGAUCAGGCAUAGAGCAUGCAGCUUGAAGGACACAGCCCAUGCCAUGUUUGCCUCAGAGUUGGACCCUGAAUUUGACCGCAUGUGUGAGGAGAUCAAGGAGGCACGCAGGAAGAGGGACUUCCAGACGCCAGCCCAGCCGACUACAGCACCAGGCGCCUUGACAGCCAGAAAGAACCCUGCCACAGGAGAGGAGCAGGCAGGGAGCAGUACUCAGGGCGAGGCCACCGACAAACAGUGCAACACUAAUCACUUAAAGCGCAAGGUUCGUCGGCGGCCGUCUUGGGGGCGGGGCAUCAUCCGUAAGAAGAAAAGCUACAAGAAAGGAACAGAAGAGGAGGAGGAGGAGCCUGAGGUGGAGACAGCAGGGCCUAGUGACUCUUGUCUUACGCAGGACGAGGAGUCAUCUUGUGACACCAAUGGACCCCAGCCCAAUGGUCACCAUGCACAUCCCCAUGCUCCCUCUACAGAGGAGGAAAGCUCCAAUGAGCCCCCUGUUGUGGGCAUUGUGGAUACUACAGAUACCAGGAAAGAACCAGAAAAGGCCACACUGGAAGAGGAUGAGCCCAGAAUGGGAGAGGAGGAAAAUGAGGACAAGGAGAAGCCUGCUGAGUUGCAGUCGACUGGGGGCAAUUCCCAGUCCAAGGCAGAAGAGAAUACCCAGCCAGAGCAGAAAACCGCUCAGUCUUCAGUUGCUGAAUCCCAACCUAAAGGCAUGGUAGCACUGGCAGCCUCAGGGAUGGAGUAUAUUAAUGGUGAUGAGACUAUGGACAGCCUUGAUUCCCAUAGCCAAAUGAAGAGCUGUGAGGUCAGAGAAAGGACUCCACAGAGCACGGCUGAGGGCUCAGCCAAGCCACAGCUCGAAGAGCACAGCAACAAAGAGGACAGAGCAACCGAAGACUGUCCCUCUCAGGAUGGGAGGACAGAAGUCGAGAUGGAUGAGGAAGAUCAAGACAAAGAAGGUGGUUCCAAAGUGAAAAUUUGCCAAAGGAGCCAAUUAAAGCAGUUACAGGGAUUGGCUCAGAAGACUGAGGAGGAGCCACAACAAAGCCCUCCCCCUCCCCCACCCCCUCCCCCACUAGUGGUUGACCACCAGCGACUUUCGGCUCUCCUGAAUGUUGUGGUGAAGAAGAGCGAUGGCUAUAGUGUGGAGCAGCUGGAGCGACUCUACUCCCUUCUCAGCCAGUGUAUCUACCAGCACCGCAGAGAGUAUGACAAGACUCAGCUACUGGAGGAGAUGGAGGAGAAACUUCAGCAAUUCAAUACAUUCCUGUGAGAGGGAGGAAGAACGCCUGUCAGGUAGAAUCGGAGAAGCCCUGGGACCACAAAGACCCUCGCACACACAGAUACACACACACACACUCACACACAUGCACACGCGCACGUGCAUCCACACAGACUGAGAACACAUAACCUUCAGAGUCCAGCCCUUACACACGCACAGAAAAUUCAGCGCACUCCUAUUGCUGGGGAGAAGGACGGACAAGGAGAACAAACUGUUUAAGGAGAA